AUGAGGGCGUCUGGGGUUCUCAGCCCAAGCGGGAACAAUCACGCCGAGUCGGCGGAGUCGUCGGUCAUCGUCGAUGAUGCUGGCGGUGGGGGAAAAGGAGGGGUCCCAGCUGCAGCGGCCUCAACGGUUGGCGGGUUGCCAGCCGCGCCCAGCAAAAGCGCGGCUGUACAGGCAUAUGUAUGUGCGCGGUUCUUGCCCUACGACGACAUUCGCCGCAUUACCCUUGUCAACGAUAGCAAUACUGCGGGGUGUGACCUUGUGUACGGUGGAGAGCGGCUUCGGCCACACGUUAAUGCGAGUGGAAAACUCCAGCACCAAUUCCUAAACAGUGGCAUGUUGGAUUCAUUGGCUCAUACACAUUCGUCGACAGCUUCGUCCUUUAUGAGUGAGCUCCAAAGGACACUCGCUCAGACACUUGCGUAUGAUGGCGCCGGUGCAACUACUUUGUCCAUUGGCGACGAUGAUGCACCUGAGAAUGUGUUAUGGAACAAUUUGUUUCGCAAGUGGCCUCUGGAACUAGCUGCCUCUGGGUAUGCUGAGUGGUGGUUGCGGCACUCAAAGUGCGUGGCGGAUGCCACUCCACUCUUUAACAUGAUCAUUGGUGAGCUCGCUGAAGAGGAACGCCGUCGCAGGCUCGGUGAUGGAUUCACUGAAGAUGACGAAACGUCCCCCGGUGUCGUGCAUGGUACGCUGGGCAUGAUACUAUCCAUUUGUUCCGACCCCCCACAAUCACUUAAAAAUUUUUUUGGAACAGUCGAGUGCUAUCAGCAACUGUUUUAUCGCGCCUGUUUCCUCGGCACCUAUCCAUGCAGGGGUAUGCGCGCGAAAAGGAAAGACGCACGGGAACUGAUCCGGUGCCUCUCUCUCGCGGCCGUCGCGGCCCAGCGCGUCGCGGGAGAACUGUCAGUAGUGCGGCACGAUCUGUUAUGUUUCAUGGGAAGAGUGCGGCGUGAAUGGGAGAGCCUGGUAGAGACACGCGCAGAUGAAGAGGCGUUACGAGUUGAUUUCGAGUGGGUACAGUCCCUCAUGGCGUUUGCGUGCGAUUGA